AUUGGAUAUUUCGAUGGCUCGGGUUUUGUUGCCAAGCAGACUUGUUGCUAAGCAACAAAGUCAAAACAUUGUCAAUAAGCCAGUAAGUAUAUUGCCAACGAUCUCAUAAAAACGAGUAAACUUAUCGAAUAACGCAAAUAAAUAAACACAAAAUGAAGACAAUGGUAAACACAGUAUUAUUCGACAUAUCUAAAAAUGAACUGUUCAAAAUCAAUGAGAAUUUCAAGCUACUGCACAGGAAACUCAAGUCCACGUGGAAAGUCAUGAUCAAUCGAGACGAACUAUCCAACAACAGCUUGCAAGACGUGAAGAUCCUCGUGGUACCAGGGCCGCAGAACGUGUUCACAGAUGACGAGCUCGCGUGCCUCAAGAACGUGGUCGAGAGGGGUGACUCUGUGUUGGUCAUGAUGACAGAUGGUGGCGAGGAGCGCAUGAAUACGAAUAUCAAUUUCUUUUUGGAGGAGUAUGGGAUUGUGGUUAAUAAUGACUGCGUGGUCCGCGCCAAGUACCACAAAUUCUACCACCCCAAAGAGUGCCACAUCUCGAACGGCAUCAUCAACCGAGCGGUCAUGAAACACAUCAUGAAGAUGCCUAAUUACUCCAGCGAGUCGGAUGAUUAUCUCGAAGACCCAGCGACACCAAACUUCGUGUAUCCGUACGGCGCGACCCUGACUGUGAAGAAGCCCGCCGCGGCCAUCUUGUCAAGCAGUGAUGUGUGUUAUCCCGUCAAGAGGCCAGUGGCUGCCCUUUAUACCUCUGAAAGGAGUGGGGGAAAACUGUUCGUGAUCGGGUCGGGUCACUUCUUCACGGAUCAGUACCUCGAGUGUGAGUGCAAUGACCUAAUCAGAGAGAUGGUAUUCAACCAUCUGGGCGGCAUUGUCGAUCUUCACCUCAACCCUGUCGAUGUUGAGGACCCGGAUGUGAACGAAUACCGAACACUAGGAGAUAUGCUGUGGCUGAGCAGUAUACCACUACCAGAGCCGGCUACCGCACCCCCUCCGCGCCUCACCCCCCUUCAUCCGCAUGCGUUGUUCACGUGGAAACUAUUCUCAUUGAAUUUGGCGCAAUUACCAGAAGUACUAGGACUGUAUGACACAUUAGGAGUCAAACACGAACCCCUGAGGCUGAUAGCGCCGCAGUUCGAAACGCCCUUUCCACCACUGCAGCUUGCUGUGUUUCCUCCUACUUUCCGGGAACCUCCCCCUCCGCCCUUAGAGCUGUUUGACCUGGACGAGGCGUUCAGUUCAGAAAGAUCCCAGUUGGCGAGACUGACGAAUAAGUGCCUACAACCUGUUUCUGCCAAGAUGGGACAAGGGGACAGUCGUCAAUUGGAAAACGAAUUAGAAUAUUUUGUCCGCGAGUGCGGCCGAGUCGUCCGUCUGUCCAGAGCUUUACCAGCUGAAGAUGCUCCUUCAGCAAAGGUCAUCUUGCACCAACUUGCAGUCCAGCUAGCUACUUAUAAGAAAAUAGCACCUAGGGACUAAUAAAUAGAGAAGAAAAUAUGCGUGCCUAAGUAACAUGUACCAGGAGGUCAAACAUCGAGAAGAUAUUUCAAAGAAAUAGAGCAUUCGUAAAUCAUGGCUGCCAACUGAAAAUGCACCUUCUGCAAAGGUCAACCUACAUCAGUUUGCGGUACAACUCGAUAUAGACGAAAUUAUACCGUAAAAUCAUUUACAGAAGAACCAUCUCUUCUGCAAAUAAUUUCAUAUUGCCAAUUAAACCAAAAAGAUGACACACUGAAUGAUUAUGAAUUAAUAAAUACCAAGAAAGUAAAGAUCAAUAAGAGGUAUUUAAUUUUAAUAAAUAGGAUUGUUCUAGGUUAUUUCGAAUUAUUUAUUCCAGCCAGAAAGUAAGACAAUCAUCAUAGUACUUUUUCAGAAAAGUACCUUUAUCUGUAGAUAAUGUAGAUAUUCCUGCAGCAGACUAAGGGCGUUUAUCCACUUAAGUAUCAAACUGAACGGACUGAAAGUACGAUCCUAAAGUCUAAUUUUGAAUAUAUCAACCGCUGGACAGAGGCCUUACAAUAUAGGCCAAAGACUUCCACAUAAUACACAAGUAAAAUCAAAAUACUAAAGUAAAAUUGACGAAACUUUGACGAUAUGCUGUUGAAUUCUGUGUUAUCUUUAUGUGAAUGUGUUGGGGCAAAGGUGUUAAUUAAAAAAACGUAUAAAUUCGAUUUAUUUUUAUUUUAUAUUUGCUUAGAAUGACGACCAUUUAGAAAAUAUACUAUAUGAAAAUAUAGUACUUUUAAAAAACUCCAUAUAUAUAUAUAUAUGGAGUUUGUUAAAAGCAUUUCAAUAAAAUUGUAUCAUUAUAUAAAUAAGCCUAGUUAAUUUUCAGUUAAAGUAAAUAAUCAAGGCGCUUAUUUUAAAUACGAUAGUGGGAACUGCCAUAAUAAAAAUUGACAAAUUUCUAAAAUAAAAGUAUAAUGUAAUAAAAUUUUAAUUAUACAAAAAAUAAGAUGUAGGCUGAUAAAAUUGUUUCAAAUUAAACUAGUCAAAACGUCGAAUAUAAAAAAUGUUUUAGUUACGUAUUUAAAAACGAAUGUCUAUAAAAUCCUUAAUUAAAAAUCAUCCAUCCGUCAAAUCCAUAGUUUUUAAUGCAUAGAUUUAAAACCAAAAUGAAAUUUUCCGUAUAAUUGAACUUCACAAAAAGCGAUAAAAUAUGCACUAAAAUAUUUAUUGGUCGUUCAAUGAGAAAAGUUCAAACCACAGUCUUGGGCCAUGAGAGCAUUACCACUGCUGCUCUUACUUUAUGUAAACUACGUGGUUUGUGUUGAAGAAUGGAAACCAAGGAAGCCGUAUCCGAAAAAG